AUGGCCCCCCACGCCGAAGAAUCUACCCGUCCUCACCCUGUCCCCCAGCAAAAACAAGACCGCUAUCACUCCCCCUCGACCACUACCGCCAUCACCUCCGAAAACACCCACGCCGCCCACAACUAUCACCCUCUCCCCAUCGUCUUCUCCCGCGCCCAAGGCGUUCACGUCUGGGACCCCGAAGGCCGCCAAUACCUCGACUUUCUCUCGGCCUACUCCGCCGUGAACCAAGGCCACUGCCACCCGGCCCUCGUGCAAGCCCUGAGCGAACAAGCCUCCCGUCUGACGUUGAGUUCUCGUGCGUUCCACAACGAUGUCUUCCCCGUCUGGGCCGAAAAGGUGACGAAGCUGUUUGGGUAUGACAUGGUACUGCCGAUGAACACGGGCGCAGAGGCGGUCGAGACGGCGGUCAAGGUGGCGAGGAAAUGGGCGUAUAAGGUGAAGGGAGUGCCGCAGGGGAAGGCGAUGGUGUGGAGCGUGGAGGGGUGUUUUCACGGGCGGACGAUGACGGCCGUGUCGCUGUCGGUGGACCCGGAGAGCAGGGAGAAUUAUGGACCUUAUUUGCCGGGUGUGGGGGCGGUUAACCCGAAAACUGGCAAGCCUAUAAGGUAUAAUAUGGUCGAGGAUAUCGAGGAGGUGCUAAACGAAUUCGGGAAGGAGACCGCCGCGGUGUUGGUUGAGCCAAUUCAGGGUGAAGCCGGCGUAGUGGUACCCGAUGAGGAUUACCUUGCCAAAGUGCAUGCUCUGUGCAAGAAGCAUAAUGUCCUGUUGAUUUGUGAUGAGAUUCAGACGGGGAUUGCGAGGACGGGGAGGAUGUUGUGCUCGGAGUGGUCGGGGAUCAGGCCGGAUAUGGUUACGCUGGGGAAGGCCAUCUCCGGUGGGAUGUAUCCUGUGAGCUGUGUGCUUGCGGACAAGCACAUUCUGGGGGUUGUUGAGCCUGGUACGCAUGGGUCUACGUAUGGUGGAAAUCCGCUGGGGUGUGCGGUGUCAAUUCGCGCGUUGGAGCUUGUUAUUGAGGAGGGGAUGGUUGAGAAAGCGGAGAGGUUGGGACGGGUGUUUAGGGAGGGGAUUGAGGCGAUUAAGAGCCCGAUUGUGCAGUGUGUGAGGGGGAAGGGGUUGUUGAAUGCGGUUGUGAUCGAUGAGAGCAAGACGGAAGGCAGGACGGCGUGGGAUCUGUGCUUACUGCUGAAGGAGAAGGGUGUGCUGGCUAAACCCACGCACGGCAACAUCAUCCGCUUUGCCCCUCCGCUGGUCAUCACCGAGGAGCAGCUGCGCUGGGCCCUUGAGAAAAUUGCUGAGGCCCUGAAGGAACUGCCGACUGCCCCGAAGAGCGAGGAUCAUUGA